AUGCUGAACAAAAUCUUUGGCCACAAAAAGCCCAGUCCUCCGCCUUUCAACCACCAUGCUCCGCCGUGGACCACCGACCCCCCGCCGAAGAAGGGGUUCCAGGCUUUCAGGGGCCCUGCAGAGAAAGGAUUGCGGGCUUUGAAGAUUGUUCAUGCAGGUGGCAGUGCUGAAUAUUAUUACAUGGCUAUUCCAGCAACCAGGAUAAUUGAGAAGUACCCUUCUUUUAUUUUAACCAGGCCCGAAGUCUUCCGCAGGCCUUGGGACUCUAUUGUUCGGCCCGAAGAGAUUCUUGUUCCUGGCCAAAAGUUCUAUAUUGUUCCACGCCGUACUGUGAAGAAACUCAGGCGUCGAAUAAAGAAAACCAGCAGUGAAUUGGGUGAAACGAAUGUGUCUCAGCAAAAAAAUAAAUUUUCUACAUCGAGUAUUAUGGCUAAGUCAGGCUCAAAUAAAAAAGCUCGAAAUCAUCGGGUGAGGUUCUUUGGCAUUGAUGUAACAGCAAAACAAGAAUCUGAUUCAGUCCCUUCUAAUAGGAAAGUGGGUUCUGUUCCAUCCGAUAAGAAAAAGCCUAAAAAAUUGGGAACUGAUGGCAAAAAGCGAAUGGCCCGAUAUUCAAGCGCAUGGGAGCCAUCAUUAACUUCGAUCAAUGAAACUUCCGGGCCUGAUGACUGA